AAACUAGAAAAUUAGCAACUGGGACCUAUGGUCCUUCCUCUCGACAUAUACGGGCUCGACAUCUUUCAUGCAGUGCAUAACUGUGAGUUUGGGUUUGGCUUGGAGGGAAAUGUUAGGUCCGUUGAUUAGGUCGGGAUAGCCUGUAAUUAGAGAAUCUCUACUACAUGCGAACAUAUUCCACCUGCUACCACAGAAGAUAUACAGAGGGCUAACAUGUGAAAAUUAGACCAUGGAUGCUUCCACAAAGAUACUGCUCUUCUCCCUUCACACUUUUCUUCUGUUUCUUCACUAUUCCCACUGCAAAACCUUAAAAACAAUCACUCAGACCCUUCCUCUUCAUGACGGUGACGUUCUGCUGUCGGAGAAUGAAAACUUCGCCCUUAGGUUCUUCAGUCCUGGGAAUUCUACCCAUCGAUUCAUUGGGAUUUGGUACAACAAGGUUGCUGAGCAGACAGUUUUCUGGGUGGCUAAUGGAGACCGGCCAAUCAAUGACACCUCUGGGGUUCUCUCGAUCAACUCCGCUGGGGACCUUGUCCUCCAGUGCUGCAGCAAUGGAAGCUUACCCCUUUGGUCCACGAAUAUGUCGACAACAAUUUCUGACAAUACCAUCAUUGCUCAGCUACAAGACGCUGGCAACUUCAUCCUGCUCCAAGCGCCCAGCAACCAUGUCUUGUGGCAGAGUUUUGAUCAUCCAACAGAUACCCUGAUGCCUUUCAUGAAACUCGGGCUGGAUCGGAGAACCGGCAUGGAUUGGGUCCUGACUUCCUGGCGAUCUAAGGAUGACCCAGGCCCGGGGAAUUUCACUUUGAGGAUCAACCAAACUGGUUACCCGCAACUGAUCCUUUACAGCAAUGGGGCCCCACACUGGCGAGGAGGCCCGUGGAUGGGCCUGCGCUGGAGCGGCGUGCCCCAGGCGACCAACAACUUCAUCUUCAACAUCAGCUUUGUCAAUAACCAGGAAGAGGUCUCAUAUUUCUAUGGGUUAAGGAACACGUCAAUCUUCUCAAGGUUGGUGAUGGACCCCUCUGGCAUGAUCCAACGGUCCACUUGGCAAGCCCGGGAUGGCCGGUGGAACGAGUUCUGGACUGCCCCCGAGGAGCAGUGCGAUCAUUACAGUUUUUGUGGGCCUAACGGCAAUUGCAACCCCGACAAUACGGACCAAUUUACAUGUGCUUGCCUCCCCAGUUUUGAGCCCAAGUCACUGGCAGAUUGGUACCUCAGAGAUGGGUCCGGCGGAUGCAUGAGGUCCCCUGGGGCUUCCAUAUGCCAAAGCGGGGAAGGGUUCAUUAUGGUGCCCCGCGUGAAGGUCCCCGACACUUCUCAGGCCCAUGUCGACAUGAGCUUGAGCCUUAGAGAGUGUGAGCAGAAGUGCUUGAGGAACUGUUCCUGCACAGCCUACACAAGCGCUGAUGAGAGCAGGGGAGGAUUUGGUUGCUUGGCAUGGUAUGGUGAUCUGCUGGAUAUAAGGACAUUUUCUAAUAGUGGACAGGACUUAUAUGUGCGGGUUGAUGCAGCCACGUUAGCUCGUAUGGCGAAGAAGAAAGGAUCUACUGGGAAGUGGUUAAUCGGCGUAACCGUAGCAGCUGGUGUGAUUCUGGUGUUAAUGAUCGUAUUGUUUAUAAUGAAGAAAACGCAACGGAGAACAAGGCCUCUUGAUACCCCAAGGACUGCACAUUUCGAGGAUGAAUCACGGAAUAUGCAGGACCUGGAAUAUGACAGCAAAAAAUCAGAUUUGCCAUUAUUUGAUCUAAGCACUGUAGCCACUGCCACAAACAAUUUUUCUUUCAUUAACAAGCUUGGGCAAGGUGGAUUUGGUUCCGUUUAUAAGGGAGUACUUGAUGAUGGAAAGGAAAUAGCGGUUAAGAGAUUGUCAAAAUCCUCUGGACAAGGAAUCGGAGAGUUCAAGAACGAGGUCACAUUGAUUGCUAAGCUGCAGCACAGGAAUCUUGUGAAAAUCCUAGGCUGCUGUAUCCAAGAGGACGAGAAAAUGUUGAUUUAUGAAUACCUGCCAAAUAAAGGCUUGGACUCAUUUCUUUUCGAUGAAAAGAAGAGGCUUUUGCUUGAUUGGAGAAAACGCUUUGAGAUUGCUUCUGGAAUAGCUCGAGGGAUCUUGUACUUACACCAGGAUUCAAGGUUCAGGAUCAUCCAUCGGGAUCUGAAAACAAGCAAUGUGUUGCUCGACGCUUCAAUGAACCCAAAAAUCUCCGAUUUUGGCAUGGCUAGGAUAUGCGGAGGGGACCAGAUCGAAGGGAAUACUAGACGAGUUGUAGGGACAUAUGGUUACAUGUCACCGGAGUACGCGAUGGAGGGGUUGUUUUCGAUAAAAUCUGAUGUGUACAGUUUUGGAGUCGUGCUGUUGGAGAUCGUUUCUGGGAAAAGAAACAGCAGCUUCUAUCAGGAGAAUCCGUCUUGCAGCCUAGUUGGCCUUGUUUGGGAGUCGUGGCAAAAGGGAUCAUCUUUGGACAUUGUCGACCCAUCAAUGGGCAAUAUGUAUUCCGAUUGCGAGGUUUUGAGAUGCAUCCAUAUCGGAUUGCUCUGCGUGCAAGAAUUUGCCAUGGAUAGGCCUACCAUGUCAGCAGUUGUGUUCAUGUUAGGAACCAACGUGAGGCUUCCUUCCCCGAUGCCGCCUGCUUUCGCUUUCAAGAGGAUACAGGGCAGAUCCGACGUCUCUUCCUCUGGUGAAAAGGCCAACUCAGUAAACGACAUGUCCCUUACUGUUGUCGAAGCCCGUUAAACUAAAUAGCCUUCUAGAAAUGGUACAUUAUGCAAGUGGAUCUAGAAUCUCUUGUUGUGAGAAGAUGCUAAUUUGAGAUAUAUCUCAUACCAUUUUGCUGUGCUUGAAGAGCUGGAUUUGAAACUUAAAGACAACCAUUAAUUAAGAGGAUACUGCUUCCAGGUGUCUGAUUAAUCGGGUGCUGGACUCAUGAUAUCUCUA